AUGAGUUCAGCGUUCAGCUCUCGUUUCAUGCAGACUCGGGAUAAUGAAGAUGUCGAGGAGGCCAUUACUCUUUGCCAAGAGUCAUUGGCAGCUCUGUCUUCACUUCACCCGGACAGGUAUUUCAGCUACAUGCGGCUGCAGGUGGCCUAUGUGUCUCGUUAUCAGAUUCUGCGCGACCCUGUUGAUUUAUCGCUCGCAGUGGAGAACUUCCGACUGGCAUCAAGGCAUCCUACUCAAAUAUUUCCGGAACGCAUCAUAAAUGCUAUUGACUGGGCUCGCCAAGUAGAGUUGUUUGACAGCCAUAUGAUGACGCAAUCGUCGAUCAUCUCACGGCGCGAGCUUGCGGCCGCUUUUCGUGGUGCGCGAUCACUUCCUGUAGAUGCAGCCUCGUGUGCCAUAUGUCGUGACAAUCUACGACGGGCAGUCGAGCUCGUGGAGCAGGGCCGUGGCCAGCAGUGGUCACUGGUAUUGCGGCUCAGGACACCACUCGAAGACCUCAAGUCUAGGAAUCCCGAACUAGCUCGCAAGUUUUUAAAUCUUAGCACGCACCUGUCCGAUGCUCGGGGUUCUAUAGCCAGAACUAACAGAGCUGUUGCUGAUCAGGCAGCAACAGAGUAUAGGAGACUCACAAAGCAAUGGGAAGCUGUGGUAGCUGAGACACGUGAUCUUCGGGCGUUCUCGCAGUUUUUGCUCCCACCUUCGUGCGAAGACCUGCAAGUGGCAGCACGCCAAGGCCCAAUUAUCAUCCUCAUCGCCAGCCAGAACUCGUGCAGCGCCAUCAUUGUCCCGACAUCAGGAGGCCCCCAUCAUGUUCCUUUCCCAUCCAUCGCUCUCGCAGAUCUGAAGAUUCUCAAGGAUCGCUUCGCCAGGGCAAUACGAGACGCAUCUCGAAUGAGCCCAGCGGAGUCAAGGACGGAUCUAAUAGUACUCCUGCGGAUAACAUGGGACGAGAUCAUGUUACCCAUCGUCAACCUACUCGAGCACGUCCUCAAACUAAAACACCGCUCUCGAAUCCGGUUAUGUCCAACUGCAGAUUUCACGUCCAUUCCUCUCCAUGCAGCUCACCCGUUCCAAACAAAGGCAGAUUGUUCUGGCAAGGAGCCAUGCCUGGAAGAUAUCUACAUCUGUUCUUACAUGCCGACACUUUCAGCUCUAAUCAGAUCUAGACAGUGGAUGAAGAAGCGCGUGCCUCCGUCCUUUGUGGCGAUUGGACAAGGUCAACCGGGCGCAGGGAAAGGCAAGGCGCUAUUGGCUAUCGACAGCGAGCUCGAGCUUGUCCGUAAGCUCGUUCCCACAACUGCCAACUCCACCACUAUUUCUGGCGACGCAGCCACACGAGCAGGUGCACUCUCAACUUUACAGCAGAACACAUGGGUGCACCUUGCUUGUCAUGGAAAACAGGACUCUAUGCAGCCUGACAACUCGCAUUUUGUUAUGAGAGACGAACAUUUGACGCUGCUCGAUAUUGUGGAGAGAGACAUUCCGCAGGCUGAGUUUGCGUUCCUAUCUGCUUGUCAUACUGCCAUCGGCGAUGAAAAGACAUCCGAGGAAGUGGUUCACCUUGCAGCUGGUCUCCAGUUUUCAGGGUUCAAGAGCGUCGUUGGCACGCUGUGGGAGGUUGACGAUGCCAUCGCAAAACACGUCGUUGAAGCUUUCUACACGCAUAUGCUUGGAGAUUUGAAAGAUGGUGGUGUCAUGGACUGUACGAAGGCAGCCUGGGCACUCAACUGUGCUAUGCACGCUGUGAAGACGAAAGUGCUGCUCGAGCAGAGGAUGGCUUUUGUUCACAUCGGUGUGUAG